GAAGCUGGAGUGAAAGAGAGGACGUCCUUUCUGUCUGCUGUCAUCGAGCGGACCUCAAAGCUGUAUGGAUACACACCUGCGCUGCAUCCCAGCUCCUCCGGGGAGACUUCAUCACUGACGGCAGAAGCACAGUCUAUUGCAACACAGACCGCCAUGGUGCCAUCGGCCAGACUUAGACCUGCAGUUCCUGUGAAGGGAGAAGCGUUUGAUUGGGUCAGCAGCUCCUCUGCACAUGCACAGAGUGUUGCCAAAGCCAAGUACCAGUUUCUCUUCGGAAAGACAGAAGACACAAGCUCAGCAGAUAGCGUCACCCCUCCGACCCAAGAGAAACAGGGAAGCGGCUCAGGUCUUGAGUCUGUUCUUGAUGACGAUGACAUUGAUGAGACGUCCCUCUUCCAGGAAAUUGACAGGGAGCUGUCAAACCUGUUGAGUGGCCUGACCGCUCGGAGUCAUCAUGCUGCGUCCGGACAGGACUCGACGUCAGGAGACGCCACUGCCGCCUCACCCAUGAUCCCUUGCAACGGGCAAGACAAAACCCCGCCAUCUCAGCUGGAUAUGGCCAAGCAGGGCCUGGACGUUCAGAACGGCCAGUCCGAGUUAGCAGGAGACUCCCUGCUGUUUGAUUCAUGGUGCGAGGCGCUCAUAAAGGACCCCAGCUCAGUUAUGGCGGCCGCAAACGAGCUGAGCUGCUUCAGCUCUGGGCCCAGUCGAGACCCCAGGAAUGCACUGGCCUGCCAAAAUAAACCUGACCCCAGCCCGACUCCAGCUGCAGCACAUGGGGAGCAGCCCUCAGAGGUGCCCUCCCGAGAAAACGCUGGAAAGGAGAUGGAGGGCAAGAGGGCCGGGUCACCCUCGCCCAGUAGGACAGACGACGACCCCUCGGCAGAACUGGUGGACGAGUCUCUAGAGGAAUCCAAUCAAAUUCUGACCGAGAUCCCGGGCAUCUUCAGUGGCUUUCUUGAGGGGGGCAAACUGCGGGACAAGCCGCCGAAGAAGCUGCGGUUUGUGGAGAGCAGGGAGAGCCUCGUGAAUGGAGAGAUGCAAAACAGUACGUACCAGAGCUGCAGCGUGAAAGAGGAAGUGACUCCGGACGCGCAGCAUAUAGAAGCCACAGGAGUGCCACAGGGGCGUGUGCUGAGACCCGAUCACAAUCCAGCAGAGAACGGCUCAGGCAGGUGUUCUGCAGGUGAGAGUGACGCCACAGAUGUCUUCAGCUGCCAGUUUGAGAUCAUCCUGGAGUCGGAGCGUCUGCGGGGGACUCUCUACAGUAGCAUGGACUCGCUGUCCAACCCUGCACCUGAACCCAGCUCUCACAGCGCUCCAGGAGCCUCGUUUGCCUUCGACAUCCCCCUCACUCCCAUGAUUCAGCAGCGACUCAAGGACAGAAGUCUGUUCCUGAGCUCGGACGCUGAGGUGCUGAGCGUCGCCGCCACGAAGGAGAGCGGCAGGGCAGCUCUGGAGGUGACCUCUUCGUUUCUCUCAGCGGGCCGCGAGGACGCAGGAGCAGCUCUAGAAAACGGCUUAAACGACAAAGACCCCAGAGACUGGCUGCAGGGCUGUUUAAGCAGCGAUGCAGGGCUGAAGGACUGGGACUCAGACAUGGAUGGUGUGGAGAGUCUUAAGGACACAGAUGUUCUCCACAAUGGCAGCCGAAGCGACCGGGAAGCUGCCCUCCGUCUGGCCAGACGGCUCUACCACCUGGAGGGCUUCCAGCGCUCGGAUGUCGCCAAACAUCUGGGCAAGAAUAAUGACUUCAGUAAGAUGGUUGCAGAAGAGUACCUCAAAUUCUUUGAGUUUACAGACAUGACAUUGGUCCAAUCACUCAGAUGUUUUCUGAAAGCAUUCUCACUAAUGGGCGAGACUCAGGAGAGAGAGCGGGUGUUAAUUAAUUUCUCUAAUCGGUACUAUCAGUGUAAUCCCACCGUCAUCACUGCACAAGAUGGAGUUCAUUGCCUUACCUGUGCGCUAAUGCUGCUCAACUCUGACCUUCAUGGCCCAAAUAUCGGGAAGAAGAUGACGUGCCAGGAAUUCAUCAAUAACCUGGAUGGACUCGAUGGAGGACAAGAUUUCCCCCGGGAACUGCUGAAGUCGUUGUAUAACUCCAUCAAGAACGAGAAGCUGGAAUGGGUAGUUGAUGGAGAUGAGCUGAAGAAGUCUCUGUCUGAGCUGGCGGAUAAGAACCAUCACUCUCACACUAAGAGCAUCAGUCGCAUCAGCAGCAGCAGUAACCCGUUCCUGGACAUUGCCCAUGACCCCAAUGCUGCUGUCUACAAAACUGGCUUCCUGGCCCGCAAAAUGCACGCUGACAUGGACGGGAAGAAAACACCGAGAGGGAAACGAGGCUGGAAAACCUUCUAUGCUGUUCUGAAAGGCAUGAUCCUCUAUUUGCAGAAGGAUGAGUAUAAGCCGGAGAAGGCCCUGUCAGAGGAUGACCUGAAGAACGCCGUCAGCGUGCAUCAUGCUCUCGCCAUCAAGGCGAUGGACUACGAGAAGAAGCCCAAUGUUCUCAAACUCAAGACUGCUGACUGGAGAGUGUUCCUCUUCCAGGCCCAGACCCCCGAGGAAAUGGAGUCCUGGAUUAGAAUAAUCAACUCGGUGGCGGCCAUGUUUUCCGCCCCAUCUUUCCCCGCUGCUAUCGGCUCGCAGAAGAAAUUCAGCCGUCCGCUGCUGCCGGCGACCACCACCCGCAUGUCUCAGGAAGAGCAGCUCAAGUCCCACGAGGCCAAGCUGAAGCACGUCUCUACAGAAUUAGCCGAGCACAGAUCCUACCCGCCAGAUAAGAAGGUCAAAGCCAAAGAGAUCGAUGAGUACCGCUUGAAGGAGCACUACCUGGAAUUUGAGGAGAGCCGUUACGAGAUGUACGUCAAGCUCCUGAAAGAGGGUGUGAGAGAGCUCUUGAUGGCCCGGGACGGUGACGCGGCGCUGAAGAAGUCUCAGUCCAGCCCAUCUCUCAACCAGGAGUCCCAGCCGGCCACCGCUAAAGUCAAGCGCAACACGUCCGAGCGGAAGGACUACCGGCCCGAAACACCCAAGAUCAAAUAGACAGUCUCCUGCUUCCUGUCAGAGAGCCACUGUAUAUCACGCGUGACUGUACUUUGAUGUAAUUUAUUUAUCUGCCGACAGUUCUCAGAAAUAAUUUGUGUAAAAUGUAAAUUGAUCAGUUGGUUGGAAGUUGUAAAUCCCUAGGUCUCCCUUAACCAGCCGGUGCUUGUGGAGCAAAUAGUGUGGUCUUCUUUUUUUAUUCGUUAGCGUGUAAA